AUGACUUAUCACUCCAAUGUCGUGGAAGAUGCCUUAAAUAACAGUCACAGAAGAGUUUCAUGUGAUGAGAUCCUUGAUGUGGACCGGACGGUGGAUGCGGAAUCUGGGUCGAAGAAAGCCAGCGGCGGAAGAUUGGAGCCGUCUUCUUCGAAUCAGGGGGAGAUAUUGGGAACACUUGCUACGGUGGAGGAGGAUUCACAAGCAAUCGCGGAGAGCUUCUCGUCUCUCUUCGUUUCCCUCCGAUCGACUCUCUCUGAGGCUACAGGAAGCUCAGUUGAUCACAUGACUUGCUUUGGAGAUGCAGCUGGACGCCUUCAGGAAACCGCUCUAGAUGCAUCCACUAAAGGGAACCGCUACAUCAAUUCUUGCCUCAGAUUAAACGAGGAAAUUAAAGGCGUUGAUACUCUGGCGGCUCGGUUAAAGCACCUGAGGAGAAAUAUGGAUGUUCUUGACACGGCUGUGAACAAGCUUCUCCGUCCUCCAUGA